ACGUCCACUUCCGAUUGUGGGAGUCGCUGUCUCGAUCUCUUUAGCUUUCACUUCCUGAAAACGAGUUACUUAAAGUCCCGCCAGUGAUUAUAGUAUUCCUCCUGGACGGGGUGCUCACAUCGAGGACGGACUGAAGACCUGUCCGCGAGGCGUCCGGGGAAAGACAACGUGCCCACUACAUUAACCCAGUCGAAAAUUUUCCUUCAACCAUGUGUGAUUUCCAACAAGUUGAGAAUUUGGAGUCGGACAACAUGAUUGAUUUCUCCCGGUUGAACAAUCGCCUGAACUCGUUCCAUGGCUCCAACCUGGCUCGGCAAGUCCCAGCCGAGCGUCUCGCCAGGGCCGGCUUCUACUUCACAGGCAAAGCCGACCGCGUCCGCUGCUUCAGCUGCCAGAAGACCGUAGACAACUGGUGCACCGGGGACACGCCUGUGGAAAGGCACAAGGAGGUUUCUCCGUCAUGCACGUUUCUCAAGUGCUGUCAUCGAGCCAGUUUUAACCCGAGUCUUGACACACCUCUAACUAAUGGUUCCAUCUAUGAUGAAGCUGCGGAAGACAUGGAGUACCGUCUGUCAACUGGAGCUGUGGUUGACGAGACCCCGUACCCCAUGAACCCUCACAUGAAGAGCGAAGAAGCCCGCCUUCAGAGUUUUUCCGUAUGGCCCAUAAAUUCUCCCAUGAGACCCAGAGAGCUGGCUCAAGCUGGCUUCUACUACUUGGAGGAGGGUGACAAGGUGCAGUGUUUCUGCUGUGGCGGCAAACUGAGUGGUUGGGAACCUGAAGAUGUUGCUUGGGAAGAACAUGCCAGACAUUUUCCCAACUGCUUUUUCAUACUUGGGCACGACACGGGCAAUAUACCACUGCAGGAGGGUGAAGAGGAGGCGCAGGAGAGAGGACGUAGUCAACACACGAAUGCUCCUGUCUCUAUGGGGAGCUUACAGGAGAGGCUCAGCAGCUUUGCUGGUCUUCAGCACCCUGUUAACCACGAAAGUCUUGCCAGAGCGGGCUUCUAUAGUUCAGGGACGGGUGAUAAAGUGAUAUGUUUCUGCUGUGGUGGAGGUCUGAAAGGUUGGCAGCCUGGGGAAGACCCCUGGGAAGAACAUGCCAAACACUACCCAGGAUGCAACUUCUUGUUGGCUGAAAAAGGAUUAGAGUUUGUCAACAGCGUCCAGCUGCAACGACCUCAACGAAGUGCUAUUUCAAGCAAUCAGAAUGGACCAUCAGGCAAUACAAAUGGGAUACCACAGUCUCGGUCAGAAAUGGUUCAGAAAGCCGUAGAGAUGGGCAUUGAAGCCAGCGUGGUGGAGAAGACCAUCAUGGAGAAGAUGAGCAGGACAGGCUCUGGUUACUCCAGCAUGGAAGCUCUUGUGGCAGAUUGUUUGUGCGACACAACAGAAAGUGGAACGGCAAAAGAGCAAGAGGAGGACCCGCUGGAGAAACUGCGGAAGCUGCAGAGGGAAAAACAGUGCAAAAUAUGUAUGGACAGAGAUAUUUGUAUCGUCUUCCUACCUUGUGCUCACCUGGUCACUUGCAAGCAGUGUUCUGCGUCGCUCACCAAGUGUCCGAUCUGCUGUGGACCCAUAAUGCAGAAAGUCAAGACCUAUAUCGCUUAAGGGAACAAACCCUGCCAUGAACGCUGCUUUCCUUUGAAUGAUGUUGUGACGUCACGGUGGUGUAGCGGUCACAACGGACACCUCAAAUAAGAAAAAGCUCCCAGGUUUAACCUUGUGUGAAGCAUGUUUUUCUCAUUAUUUUCAGCCAGGCUCUCUGGUUAUCUGUCACAAGUCAACGUGCAAGUUGAAUUAAUUAGAGAUCUAAACUGACUAUAUGAAUGAGUGAGAGUUGUUAAGGUUGUAUCUCGUCUGUGUCGGGCCUGUGACAGACUCACAAUCUGUGCAGAACCUGGUAGUGGAACAAGCUCCAGCUUCACUGCCACCCUGAACAUAUGGUGGGUAUGCAAAAUAUUUGAAUGUUGUAAUAUAUAAACAAGGAAAAUAUUUUAUUGUAAAUACUUAAAAGGAUAAUAUUAAAUGUAUCUAAAGUUGUUUUUUCUGUCAUUCCUAAUCGACACUUAAAUAAAUGCACACUAAAGAACAGCUCUCAUUAUGUAAAACUUUUAGACUAGAGGUGCCUUUUUUCCAUUGUAAUCCUCAUACAUGAUACUUUAACAGCUGGACAAAGGAUG